CAAUGCCUAAGCCAGGCUCAGAUGAAAUCUAUGGGGAUUUCUCAUGCUUUGCUUUUUCUGGAUAUGCUUGAGUAUCAGUGAAGUGUGCCUUCCUGGGCAACACAAAGCUCAGGAUUAUGUUACUUGUUAUUUUUGUGACAGUGGUGGUCAAAGUUGCUUUGGCAAACCCCUCUCUGGCUCUGGAAUCAACAUGCUUGGAUGGAUACCAGUUGACUACUGACAAUUCCACUUGUAUAGACAUUGAUGAAUGCCAUGAAGGAGGAUUGGGGACUUGUGGACAAAUCUGUCACAACACUCCAGGCUCCUACAUCUGUUCCUGCUUACCUGGUUACACACUGGAUGAUAACACAUGGUCGUGCUAUGUUGAUGCCCCUGUGCCCUACCUCAUCUUCAGCCAUGGAAAUGCCAUCUUCAGGAUUGACAGAGAAGGAACCAAUCACAAGAGACUUGUGACAAACACAGGGAUCUCUGUCCUGUUGGACUUCCACUAUAAUGAAGAAAGAAUAUACUGGGUAGACUCUGACAAGGAUCUUAUACAAAGGGUUUUCAUGAAUGGCACCAAAAGGGAGAAAGUAUGUUCAGUUGGAAAAGGUAUUUCUGGAUUUACUCUGGACUGGAUUCAGAAAAACAUUAUCUGGACCAAUCAUCAGAAGGGGAGCAUUGAAGUUGCAGACCUGGAUGGGAGGAAUUCUAGGGUUCUUUUAGAAAAUAUAUCCCAACCCAGUAGCAUCACUGUUGAUCCCAACCAAAGGUUUAUAUUUUGGAUUUCAGAUGGACUGACACCAAGCAUCAAUCGAGCAAACGUUGAUGGUGGAAAGGGCAUCACGGUUUUGAGCACUACUGAGAAAGUAAAAACACUGGCUCUGGAUUUUAACGACAGAAGGCUGUUUUGGGUCCAAUAUGGCGCGGAUGAUAUGAGUGCCAUUGGAUCUUGUGACUACAGUGGUGAUGCUGUUCAUAUUAUGAAACAAUUAACACAGUCCCAGCCUUUUGGGAUGUCUUUAUUUGCUGAAUAUAUAUACUAUUCCGAGUUGAAAACUGGUACCAUUAGAAGAGCCAACAAAUACACGGGCAAGGAUGUAGUCACCAUCAACCCCAAGCCUUCAUUUCUUCCUCCUGCUGAUGUGAAAGUCGUGCACCCUCUCAAACAGCCUGCACCCUCUCAAACAGCUGAGCAGGGGUGUAAUGCUACGAAAGAAGACUGCUUAAGUGUUUGCACCAGAGAUGCAGAGAAAGACCAAUGUGAAUGUAGAAGCGGCUAUGUCCUCAGCAAAGAUGGGAGAUCUUGUGAAGAUGUGAACGAAUGUGCUUUCUGGAACCAUGGCUGUACUUUAGGCUGUGAAAACAUUCCAGGCUCCUAUUUCUGUACCUGUCCUGGAGGUUUCGCUCUUCUUUCUGACAUGAAAACCUGUCACGAGCUUGUCCCAUGCUUGAAGAACUACACUGAAUGCAGCCAUAGUUGUGUCCAGACAGCUAAAGGACCCAUGUGUGUGUGUCCAGAAGGAUCGGUGUUAAGACCAGAUGGAAGAUCAUGCACAGGUUGCACUGCACCAGAUAAUGGAGGCUGUAGCCAGGCCUGUGUGGCUUUCAGUCCAGUGAAAUGGGAAUGCAAGUGCUUGCCAGGCUAUCGAAUGAAACCAGAUGAGAAGCAUUGCAGUGCAACAGGUCCCAGACCUUAUUUGCUUUUUGCAAAUAUCCAAGAUAUUCGCCGCAUCAAUUUUGAUGGCACAGCUUACCACAGUCUACUAGAUAAGCAGAUGGGGAGAGUCUUAGCUUUGGACUAUGACCCUGUUCAAAGUAAGGUUUAUUUUGCGCACACAGGUCUGAAGUGGCUGGAAAGAGCUAACCUGGACGGGAGUGAACGCGAGGUUCUCCUACGUGAAGACCUGAAUUAUCCUGAAGGGCUAGCCGUGGACUGGAUUAAUCGUAAACUGUACUGGACUGACCGAGGGCUGUCCAGAAUUGAAAGAAGUGACCUAAAUGGUGUUCACAGAGAAGUGAUCAUCAGUGAGGGUGUUAACAAGCCAAGAGGAAUAGCUGUGCACCCACGGGCAAAGAAGCUGUUCUGGACGGACUGGGGUGAAAAGCCUUCUAUAGAAAGCUCUUCCUUGGAAGGCGGUGUCCGAUUGGUUAUUGCCAACACCAACCUUGCUUCACCGAGCGGAAUCACCAUUGACUACCUGGCAGACAAGCUGUACUGGUGUGAUGCCAAGCGAUCAGUCAUCGAAGUGGCAGAUCUGGAUGGCUCCAACAGACGGAUCCUGACACAGAACGAAGUAGGUCGCCCUUUUGAUGUAGCCGUGUUUGAAGAUCACGUUUGGUUCACUGAUUGGGGGAAGCCAUCCGUCAUGAGGGUUGACAAGUGGACAGGGCAAAACCGUGUGCGUCUUCGAGGAAGUAUGCUAAGACCUUCCUCCUUGGUUGUUGUUCACCCAUUAGCCAAACCAGGUGCUGAUCCCUGCCUGUAUGAAAAUGGUGGCUGUAGCCAGAUUUGUGAGAACAGGUUUGGAGUUGCUCGCUGCUUGUGUCACGAGGGCUUUGUAAAGCAUGCUGAUGGUGGAGUCUGCCACCCUGUCAGCAUUGCCUUGACAACUCCAGUGUCUCGUGCGACCCUUUCUCACAGUCAGCUCUUGAUGUCAAACACAACAUUAAGAGAUGAAAGCAUUCCACUGGCUCAUCCCAGCCCAUCAGCUGACACUAAAGAGGCUGCUGUACAAAAAGAGGAGCAGCCAAAAAGCAUCCCGGUGGCAGAGAUAAUGGUAUCAGAUCAAGAUGAUUGCUCAGCUCUUGAAUGUGAUGUUAAUGCUCAGUGUUUCCCAGCAGAAGGGGGCGCUGUUUGUCAAUGUUUGGAAGGAUUUACCGGCGAUGGCAAAGCAUGCAAUGACAUUAAUGAAUGUGCCGUUGGCAUUGCCCUUUGCAGCAUGCAGCUCGCAGACUGCAUUAACACAGAAGGUAGCUAUGUCUGCAGGUGCCACGCCGGCUACAGAGGAAAUGGCUUGUAUUGCUCAGAUAUCGACGAGUGUAAGUUUGAAACCCACAGCUGUGACAAACAUGCUGAUUGUGUCAAUGCAGAGGGAAACUACAUGUGCACAUGUAGGACUGGAUAUUCUGGAUCAGGCUUCAUCUGUGAAGAAGUGGUUGUUCCUACCACUACUGUGAGAACCAGCAGUUCCUCUGAAACUACAACCCACUGGCACAAUGAUCACCUGGAGGACUGUCCGUCUUCAUACGAGGAAUACUGUCUCCACGGAGCAGUGUGCUUCCACAUUCCAGAGAUCGGAUCCUAUGCAUGCAACUGUGCGACAGGCUACAUGGGGGAACGGUGCCAGUACAGUGACUUGGAGUGGUGGGAGUUACAACGCAAGGAAGGAGAGAAGAGGCGCAAUCUUACUAUUGCAGUCUGCAUGAUCAUACUGACCACACUCCUGUCUAUAGGAGCCUGUGUAACGUACUUAUACAGGUCUAAGAAGUACCCAAUGAAGAGUCAGUAUGCUGAUGAGAUGAGUAAGACCUGCAGCAGUGUCGACAGUGUGACCAAAAUUUCCACCAGUAGUGGGCAACAGUUCUAUGUUGUCCUGGAACAGGACUCAAGAGGGGACAGCAAAGUUAUCCACGUGGUUGGUUGUAACAGCAGACGGGUUUGCCAUUCCUGUUCUUCAGAAACAGGAGAAAGUGUAGUGUCUGAGGAAGCUUGGAAUUUGCAGAGGGAUGGGAAAUGCCUGGUUUUUAUACCCCAGGUGCCUUGCAGCCAUAUGCAGCAGGACACCAACAGGACUGUCCUCCAUCUUAGACAGCAGGAGAACUUCAUAUACCUGGAAGAUAGCAAAUUGGACGUGAGUGGGGAGAACAGAUCACCUCAGCCUGUUUGACCCUGUGUCAUUCUCUGAAACCUGCACAACACUGGACCCAGGACAGGGGAAAUUCAAUUAAUUUAAAACAUAAGCACCAACAGAGGACAGUGUUUGAGAGCAGACUGGACUGUUUUUAUUGGUAAAACUUUGUUUGAAGUUGACUUACAUAGCAUUAAGUUUUAUUUUGUAAGCAGUGGCACAUUUUUUAAAUGUAUUUUUAAAGGAGAAAAACAUCUAACUGAGAAUCAACUGUCUCUAUUCUCAUUUACUCAUAGUCAUCGUUAGCUUUUUUCAGAAAGGAAAAUCACACCAAAUAAAGUUACCAAAAUAGGUGUAAAUGACUCAGGCAUUUAGUUUAACAUCUUGUAAUUAGUUAUAUAUUGUGACUUGUUUUUUUUUUCAGAAUUGUAAAUGGUGUUUUGUCUUUUCAGAAGAAAUUUUACUGCAAAUGACAAUUUGUAGUAAAUAACUUUGAAAAUCUAACCAGCUGUCUAUUAGCAUUCAAGUUGUUUGUUUUUAAUUUUGAAAAAAAUUCCAAUUAUUUAAUGACAUGCAAAUGUAAUUUAUGAAAGUAGUAGGGACCCUCCAAGGGGUUGCGUAGGGCUUAUGAAGGUGUUAUGUCUCCUCUAUACUGUAGACUUUAAAUAUUUUUUUUUAUUGUAGUUUGUUGCACUGGUUGCAUUGAAAUUACAAUGUACUAAUAAUCAAAACAUGUGAAUGGUUUAUUAGAGAUGUAUUACUAUGAAUCAGAUAUCAUAGAAAACAAUGAGAAUUGAACUGCUAACACAAUGUAGAGAUUUGGGAAUGUGCUGUUCAGUACAGGGUGGGAUGGGGCAAGCCUAUGUUCUAUAACAUGGUUACCAUUCAAAACAAUAAGGCAAUUGUUUUCAAAUAACAGCUGAGACGUUGGGUCUUUGAUGGUAUGAUUUUAAGCUGAUUGAUACAGUGUGAAACGUUGUCACUGUGAGGUGCUAGUGUGAAAAGUUGUCUAAGGUGGGAAUUAUCCAAAGGGGUUUCCAAUCCUCACAAUUUUCACAGUGUGUUUUGAGAAGGACUUUAAGCUGGCGAGUUAAACAUUACUUAGCUACAUAUCUGUGUAUAUAAAGCAGCUGUAGGGGUCUAUUUCAUUGAUCUAAACAGAGGCAGUGGCCGUUUUUUUCUGUAUUAAUCUUUUAUCCCAAAGAUGAUUUAUCGACCAACUUUUUGUCAGUACUGCAUACUAUAAAAUACAAUGAAAUUAGUUCAGCAAAGUGUUAAGUUUAGAGUUUUUAAAGUGGCAGUACUAAGAUCCAGUACUGUUCAGAUUAUUAAAAUACACCCUAUUAAUUAAUACCUUUUAAAAAUAAAAUAUAUAUAUAAUAUUAAUCUAAUAUAUAGAUUAGAAGGGACAAAUUAGUUUAGCCUCAUUUUAAAUACUAAUGUGGUGGCAGAGGCUGUGGAAUGACAUGGCUUGUGAUUAAACAUUUGAAGAAGCCAUAUAUAUGGGGACCGUACAAAUACAUUGUACACUAUCUUAAAACUAUUGAUCCAUUUAUUGCAGCUCGUGUAUUGUGAAUGGCAUUGUUCAGCUGUGCCUGUUUUAUUUGCCAGCCGUGAAACUUGUUUACAGAGAAGUACCAAUUAUUAAAAGUGUAUCAAUUCAAAGAGUAUCAAUCAUAAAAGUGUUUUUUGAAAGUACUACCGGUAUAUAAAACCCGAAAAACAACAUCUUACUAAAUUGCGCUGUAUGUAUUGCAUUUUUGCAUUCAGUGCUUGAGCUUGAGUAAAUAUUACAUUAUAGUGCAUACUAAACCAGAACUACACUUUGCUCUUGAAAAACACUGCUAUUAAUGUCACAGCAAUGCAGACAUUUACUAUAGGAUGCAGCAAGCAAUUUUAAUAUAAAUACACCUCAGCUAUUUAUGGGCAAAAUAGGAGCUAGCUGGGAUUUGCUCUGAUAACCAACACUUUGUAAAAUCGAGCUUUAACUAGUUGACACUCCACUGUAUAUCUGGAAAGACAUUUGCAUACUAAUGGUGUUAUUGUAUUUGUUGUCUUACAUUAAAUAUAACUGUUUAAAA